CAAUUUCUGUCUUCGUCCUUCGUUUCCGGUAUAAGUAAGCAAGCAGCCAAUAUGAUGAUUUAACAUUUAACAUGAUUUGUCAUGGUUUCAAUGACUUGACAUUUAUUUAUUAGCGUUAGAUUGGGAUGAUUUGUUGAUUUUCUUGUUGAUUUCUAUAUUUUGAAGUUUCUGUUUUAUGACCUAUGGAAAUAUCAGACCAGAAGGUACUGUAAUCGAUCUAUAACAGACGACAUGAUUGGUACGUUACCUACAGCCUGACAGUGACGUAGUGGGAAGGAGUGUGCGGAUUUGAACACAGAGAAUGGAUUCCCUGCUCUUACUUGGGAUCUUGAUAGCAGUGUUAGUCAUAAUAUUCCUGCUGAUGCAGAUGCACAGACACUACAGACUGCAGCACUAUGAGGUACCUGCCCCAGACAUAACCAAGGGUCACAAAUUCUACAUGGAGGACCAGUUUCCCGAACAAACCUACUGUAACAUUAGUCACUAUAAAAUCAAACACGGGGCUCGCUGCGACAGCUGUGGAAUUUGUGUUGAUGAUCACAACAUGAAGAAAGCCAAUAAAAAGAUUCUUUGUAAACCAGUGUCUGUUGUAGGUACAAGACUUGAACAUCACUGGGUACAGGGUAAUCUCCCCUUGUAUAGUAAGUGCUCCACGUGCAAUGAAGACUGUGGAACUAUGCCACAUAUUUGUGAUCGGAAAUGUGCCUGGUGCCAACAGACUGUUCACGAAGGGUGUUCUCCGCUGUCUGACUUCUGUGAUUUAGGAUCCAACAAAACUGCCAUAGUCCCACCAACUUGUAUUAAGCUGAAAAGUGUAGGAAUAAAAGGUCGGAAACAUCUAGUCAUUAAAGAAGCUUCUAUCCCCGACAUCAAAAACUGGAGUCCUUUGAUUGUCAUAGGUAAUCGAAAGAGUGGCAAUAACGAUGGGGAAUACAUACUGAGGUCUUUCAAAACACUCCUAAACUCAGCACAGGUUAUAGACCUAAAUGAUGACUCACCAGAGAACGCCUUGGAAUGGUGCCGGUUACUGCCAACGGUCACUUUCCGUGUGCUAGUCUGUGGGGGAGACGGAAGCAUUGGCUGGGUAUUAAGUGCCAUAGAAUCCCUAAAGUUACAGAAUCCUCCUCAAGUGGCCAUCUUGCCCCUUGGAACAGGAAAUGACCUUUCACGAGUGCUAGGCUGGGGGGAGGGCUAUACUCAUGAAGACCUUGAUGUCAAUAGUUUUAUGAGAGAGCUUCAGGGAGCUAAGCCUGUUAAACUAGAUAGAUGGGCUGUUAGGAUUAUCAAUACAAAGAAAAUGAUUGGAAAAGUUAAAACAAUGGUUAUGAAUAACUACUGUUCCAUGGGUGUGGAUGCAUUGGUGACUUUGAACUUUCAUCGUCAGAGGGAAUCCAAACCAUGGUUGUUUGCACAUAGACUUAUUAAUAAGCUGUGUUACUUUUAUUAUGGCACCAAGGAUGUGUUAGAAAAUGAAUGUAAAAACCUGCACCAGAAAAUUAAGGUGGAGUUGGAUGGGCAAUUGAUAGAUUUACCUGAGAUUGAGGCUCUCGUUAUCCUUAACAUCAGCAGCUGGGGAGGGGGGUGUCAGCCGUGGGGGGCCGGGCAUGAGGAGAAUAAAAAUUUAAAACCAGCCAGCUGCAGUGAUGGACUUUUGGAGGUGAUGGGUGUAUACUCCUCUUUCCAUAUUGCCCAGCUUCAGGUAGGCCUGGUGGACCCGAUUAGACUCGGUCAGGCCAGACUUGUCAAGAUAAGUUUGAGUGGAAGCAAAGUACCUAUGCAGGUGGAUGGUGAGCCCUGGGAGCAGCCCCACCCCGCCGAGAUAAUAAUUACCCACCACAGUCAGGCGGCCAUGCUGUCCCUGACAUAAACAUCCACCUUUCAUCCCAAUCAGGCGGCCAAGCUGUCAUUCAUCUUCCACUACAACAGGCGGUCAUGCUGUCCCUGACAUAAACAUUCAUCUUCCACCCCAAUCAGACAGCCAUGCUGCCUCUGACGUAGACAUUCAUCUUCAAUCCCAAUCAGGCGGCCAUGCUUUCGUUCAUUUUUCAUUACAGCAGGCAGCCAUGCUAUCCCCGAGUUAGACAUUCAUCUUCCAUCACAAACAGGUGGCCAUGCUGUCCCUGAGUUAGACAUUCAUCUUCCAUCACAAGCAGGCGACCAUGCUGCCUCUGACGUAGACAUCCAUCUUCCAUCCCAAUCAGGCGACCAUGCUUUCGUUCAUCUUUCAUUACAGCGGGCGGCCAUGCUGUCCCCGAGUUAGACAUUCAUCUUCCAUCACCAGCAGGCGGCCAUGCUGUCCCUGACAUAAACAUCCACCUUCUAUCACAGUCAGCCGGCCAUACUGUCCCUCCAGUAGACAAUCAUCUUCCAUCAGGCCGCCAUACUGUCCCUCCAGUAGACAUUCAUCUUCCAUCACAUGCUGUUCCACUUUCCAUCACAAUCAGACGGCCAUACUAUACUGUCCCUUCAGUAGACAAUCAUCUUCCAUCAGGCGGUCAUGCUGCCUCUGACGUAGACAUUCAUCUUCCUUCACAGUCUCCGUGUUUUAUUAGUCCCUAGAAACAUAGACAUUUCUAGUCAAAACAUUUGUAAAGGUUACAGCUGGUAGUUUUUACAUCUCAAAAGACACCGUGUAAUAUGAUGCUAGAUUUGUCCUAGUCUCACCUUUUUGUAUAAUUGUUAUUACACUGUAACUUAAGAAAAAAAUUAUUGACUUGUAUUAAAUUUUAAUUUAAAAUACCCUCGUAUAACGGGAAAACCCCUGUAAUCUAGACAAUCUGUCAUAGUCAUAUAAUGUUUUGGUAAGAUCUGAUUUAUUUCUUAUUUAUCGUUGAAUAUAUUGUCGCUCGCGUUGUGCAGUGGUUAAUGUAGAAUCCCCGCUUUGCUCUCGAGAUAUACGGAGCUCCUUAUUGCAUAUUGCGGGUUCAAAUCCCACUGUAAGACUGUCCAUAAAUGAGAGUAUGGAUUGAGGCCUCAUACCUACAAAAGACGAUCAUUGACGUGUAAAUCGAGGUCCCAUGCUUACAAAAGACAAUCCAUUAAAUGAGAUGGAUGAAUCGAGGUCCCAUGCCUGAUGUAAAUAUUCUCGUUUAUGGAAUUUCCUUGAAGUGUUUUAAAUUGAGCAUUCAUAAAUACUGUGCCUAUGAUGAGAUGUGUCAUUUAUUUUCAGUGAUUCUUUUCAGGAAACGUAUCCCAUGUGUGAUAUGACAAGGAAUAUGCCCAUAGAUAGAUAUGAUUAAAGAACUUACUAGUAAACAUUUUAAGUGUUAUAUAAGAUUUAUAAAAUUUAAACAGUAAAAAUCAUUGAAUUUGUUUAUUUAUUUUUAUGACUAUUAUUAUUAAUAUGUUUUAGGUCCGAUUCGAGAAUUUUUUGUUUUUUAUAGGGACGUCAUCAGCUUUAGGUGAAGUAGAAUGCAUAUUGACCUUAUACACGACACUCGGAGUCUUAGCUAUGAGGAUUCUUUGUCGUGAAUUUUGUCGGAUGCCUGUCUAAGGAACAUUAACUUUAAGCAUUGAAUUUGAAAAGUUUACAAAUUAUAUACUGUGAAAAAAAAAGGUCAACACGAGCGUCACAAAUUUCGGUGAGACGUCUAGGCUUGGAGUGUGAUCUUUAAACAAACUUUUAAAAUUCUUAUAAGAAAUGUACACAGUACCAGUGAACUGUACACACAUUCUAUGUUGGUCUUUUAUUAGCUGCAGGGCCUUAUAUUUUACUUUAUUUGUGGAUUUUUUUCAGCCGAGGAAUCCUUGAUAUGUCAAAUACUCCCCACAAUAAUGUACAUCGUUCUGGUAUUCCAGAUCACUAAGUAUCCCGUAUUAUAAUGACAUGUACGUGCGUUUGGUCACUCAGAGGCAAUUUGUGACAAUGUUGUAAAUUAAUUUUACCAUAGAUAUUUCUUUACACAUUCCUAUUUUUUAUGGUUUGUAUUGUAUUGUCUAUUUUAUUUCUUUUUAUUUAAUUAAUAUUUAUUGAAUUAAACUAAUGCAUAUGCAAUAUGGAGAAUUUUAAGCAAUAUUAAACAUAUAUUUAUGAUUGUGUAUUUAUUCACAUUUUGAACUUGUGAACUUUUACGCGUUUGUUAUACAAUACUCUAAUUAUCUUACAACUCUGAAAACAUUUUUACUAUACUGUGUGUACCGGUAGUAUAUAUAUAUCAAUCUGAUAUUGUUAUGGCAACAUGAGUCUUUGUAUAAUCUCUUGCAGAACUUUAUACAUCGUUUACAGGGAUGGUGAAAUUAUAAAAUCAGUAAAUAUUUUAAUAUGAACACUCAUUCCACUGUGUACAUGAAUUAAGGCCAUAGGAUGCCCAAGAUUUUGAACGCAUCAAAAUCUUUGUUUAAAUGGGAUUUUCAAUUAUUUGAUCAAACAGCAAUGUGAAUUGGUCAUUAAUACAUGAAUUGCAUCAAUGAAAUGACGUUUUUUGAAGGAUUCAAUUUUGGGGUACUGUUUUUCCAUGAUUUUAUUAAGUAAAGAUUGGUGAAUAAUGCAAAAAUGAAGGUGGUUUUGGGGGAAUAUUUUGGGGGGUUAGCAAUAUUAGAAUAUUUACAAAUAAUUUCACAAAUUCUAUAAAAAAAAAUUGUAUCCUAUGUCCCUAACAUGAAUCAUCAUUGAUGAUGAGUAUAAAUACAUCGUCGCAAGCAACGACUGAAAUGUACGCUUCUUUCCCCGGGGAGAUGAACGUACAUUUCAGUCGUGUCCGGGGAGCGGAUCGUACAUUUCAGCCGUGCCCGAGGAGAGGAGCGUACAUGUACAUUUCAGCCGUGUCCGGGGAGCGGAACGUACAUUUCAGCCGUGUCCGGGGAGUGGAGCGUAUAUGUACAUUUAAGCCAUGGCUUGCGACGAUGAUAUAAAUAUUGUAUCUUAUACAAGGUGUGCAUUGCGAGACCAUUAAUCCUCUACUGUCAGGGAAGUGGAAAAUGAAAGUUUCAAAUUGUGUACAGAUUUCCGUCUCGAGUUUAUUAUUUUCUUUCUAUUUAUAAUUUUUAGUAUUUCUGAUUGAUUUUUACGAUCACGUGACUGAUUGUAUGUUUUAUCAGUUGUGAGGUGCUAGUAUUUGUCUUCUAUGCGUUUCACGUUUGUAUGUAGUUACAAAUCACUGUUAUUGUAUUAAAUUGCGGAUCAAUAGAUA